AGCACAGAUAUGUCACGCUAUCAAAAGCUGAAGUGUCUGUUCUGGAGACUAGCUCGGUUUGUUCUCUCGUGAUCCCAGAGGACGGUCAGAUCUGUUUGUUCAGAUGCUGAGUGUUAUCCGUCCGCGGUCAUCUGGACAGCGUCAGCUCACGCUCGUGUUACGCAACAGGCUCCUCUUUAUAAACAGCAGCAGCGUCUGAGCUCUCCUCCGGAGCCGAUCAUGAAGACCUUCUGCUCAGUUUGGCUGCUUCUCUCUCUGGUUGAGCUCAGUCCGGCUCCACCCGUGUCUCAGGAGCCCCCGCUCGCGUGCACAGGAGCCCCGGGUCACGCGCCGCAGUCCGAGACGGCUGAGGACAUGGCCAGCACUGGAGACCUGGAGCCCACACACUACCCAGCGCGGCGGGCGGCUACGGUGGCCCUGCAUUACCUGAACACACACCACGGCUCGCCCUUCAGGGUGUUCGGACUGCAGCAGGUGCACAAGGCCAGCGCCGAGGAUGUGGCAGCAGGAGGCAGGAAGUACAAGCUGGAUUUCUCCGUGACAGACUGGGCCAGUGGCAGCGAGGGCCCAGCGCUGCGGUGCUCGGCGGACGUGUUGUUCCCCCAGACGGAGCGGCACAGUGGUCCUGAGGUGCAGCUGCGCUGUGAGGCCCUGCAGCAGAUCAACCGCACCGCGCAGGAGGAGCACGCUUUCUACCAGAGAUACAUCUCGCCUGACAGCGCCGUCUCUGCACGCGACAUACCAGACAGCUAUGGUAACGUGAGCGAGGAGAUGCAGCCGUUCUGGCGUUUGGCUCGAGUGGCCGCAUCCUCCAUCAUGCUCCGAGAGUCCAGUGAGAGAACAGAGUUCAACAUGGCUCAGGUGGCCAGCGUCGCCCAGCAGGGGUCGAGCGAGGAGCAGCUGAUGUUGGAGUUUGUGGUUCUUCUUCAUGACUUCCCCUCACAGGAGAUCAUUCAGUGGAAGCUGCUGGUGUCCUGGUCUCCAGACAGAGGCGUCAGGGUCCUGCAGACCGAGUGGCAGCCCAGAUGCCCUCACGCCACCAAACCACCCAACUGACCCUGAGCUGACCCCGAGCUGUGUGCUGCAUGUGUGCCAGUCAUCCAGACCAAUAAACACAGAACUAUACAGCG